GGGCGGGGGGGGGGGGGGAGGAGAGGAGGACCCAGGGAGCGCCAGGCAGCUGGAGUUUUUGCAGCGCUUGGCCGGGCUUCAAUGCACAGCAGCAGCGAGCCGCGGCGGCAGCAGGCAGCCCGGGAGCUCCGGCGGCGGCCGAGCCAGAGGCGGCCCCGCUCCCUGCCCCCUGCAAACUUUGCGAGCAGCCCGCCCGGGGGGCCGGGGGCGCGCCCUGCAGGCCGGACUCGGCCCGCGGCCACGCUCUCUGCCGCCGCCGCCACCGCUGCAACCCCGCGCCUCCCCGGGGAGCAGCCCGCGGCUCCCGCGGCCCCCCAGCCCCGGCCCCUCGGCGCUGCCCGGCCAGUCCCCCGGCAGGGGCGCGGGCAGCAGCGGCGCCUCCGGCCGCGGGCUGCCGGGGGGCGGCCGCCGCUGCCCAGGGAGGCGCGCAGAGGCGCCGAGAGCGCUCCCCGGCGGGUCACCCGCGCACUCGCCGCGUCCGGGCAGCGGCCCGACCCGGCGAGCAUGGGCGGCGCGGAGUGACGCCGCCGUGCCCGCUUGGCAUCAAGGACAUUCAGCCCGCGGGGGUGUGGACGAAGGGGGGCAGCCCCGCGUCGCCACCGCAGCCCCCGAGAGCGGCCGCCGCUCCAGCUCCGGGGCUGGGCGGAGGAAAGGGGUGCUUGGAAUCGAUUCGUAUUUUCCGACCGUUUUGCUGGACAUUCUGCCCACCUUGGACGCUGCAAGAAGAGCUGUCAAGCCCCGCAGCCUCUGAUUUCGCUCUCGGUUUUCCUUGCCUCCUCCCGGGUUGCCUGUGCCUCGGUGGAGUAUUUGCGUUCGGGGCUGGGGCUGGAGGAGGCAGCCACACGCGCGCACACGCACACGUUCAGAGGAGGGCGAGAGGCAGCGGCACAGGCACCAUCCGCAGUGUCAAUGCGGCGCUCCGGCUGAAGGAGGCAAAUCGGCGCUUCCAGGGAGCCCUCACUCCUGAGUCCUGGGCCUCUGAGGAGACUCCUGUGCCGAGUGCUACCGUGCCGUGAGGACCCAUCUCUGAAAUGAAAGCCAUGCCUUGGAACUGGACUUGUCUGCUGUCCCAUCUCCUGAUGGUAGGGGUGGGCUCCUCCACUCUGCUCCCCCGACAGCCGCUCCCGCUGUCCCAGAAGCGGUCUUUUGUCACAUUCCGUGGAGAGCCUGCCGAGGGCUUCAACCACCUGGUGGUGGACGAAAGGACCGGGCACAUUUACCUGGGGGCCGUCAACCGGAUCUAUAAGCUCUCCAGUGACCUGAAGGUCUUGGUGACCCACCAGACAGGGCCAGACGAGGACAACCCCAAGUGCUACCCGCCCCGCAUCGUCCAGACAUGCCACGAGCCCCUGACCACCACCAACAAUGUCAACAAGAUGCUCCUGAUUGACUAUAAGGAGAACAGGCUGAUUGCCUGUGGGAGCCUCUACCAGGGUAUCUGCAAGCUCCUGAGGUUGGAGGACCUCUUCAAGCUCGGGGAGCCCUUUCACAAGAAGGAACACUACCUGUCGGGGGUCAACGAGAGUGGCUCGGUCUUUGGAGUGAUUGUCUCCUACAGCAACCUGGACGACAAGCUCUUCAUUGCCACGGCAGUGGACGGGAAGCCGGAGUAUUUCCCUACCAUCUCGAGCCGGAAGCUGACUAAGAACUCAGAGGCAGACGGCAUGUUCGCUUAUGUCUUCCAUGAUGAGUUUGUGGCCUCGAUGAUUAAGAUCCCUUCAGACACCUUCACUGUCAUCCCUGACUUUGACAUCUACUAUGUCUAUGGCUUCAGCAGUGGCAACUUUGUUUACUUUUUGACCCUCCAGCCUGAGAUGGUGUCACCCCCAGGCUCCACUACAAAGGAACAGGUUUAUACGUCCAAGCUCGUGAGGCUUUGCAAGGAGGACACUGCCUUCAAUUCCUAUGUGGAGGUGCCCAUUGGCUGUGAGCGCAGCGGGGUGGAGUACCGCUUGCUGCAGGCUGCCUACCUGUCCAAGGCUGGGGCCGUGCUCGCCCGGACCCUCGGAGUACGUCCUGAGGACGACCUCCUCUUCACUGUCUUCUCCAAGGGCCAGAAGCGGAAAAUGAAAUCCCUGGAUGAGUCGGCCCUGUGUAUCUUCAUCUUGAAGCAGAUCAAUGACCGCAUUAAGGAGCGUCUGCAGUCCUGCUACCGGGGCGAGGGCACGCUGGACCUGGCCUGGCUCAAGGUGAAGGACAUUCCCUGCAGCAGCGCGCUCUUAACCAUUGAUGAUAACUUCUGUGGCCUGGAUAUGAACGCCCCCCUGGGCGUGUCCGAGAUGGUGCGUGGCAUUCCUGUCUUCACAGAGGACAGAGACCGCAUGACUUCUGUCAUCGCCUACGUCUAUAAGAACCACUCUCUGGCCUUCGUGGGCACCAAAAGUGGCAAGCUGAAGAAGAUCCGAGUGGAUGGGCCCAGGGGCAACGCCCUCCAGUAUGAGACCGUGCAGGUGGUAGACCCCGGCCCCGUCCUCCGGGACAUGGCCUUCUCCAAGGACCACGAGCAGCUCUACAUCAUGUCAGAGAGGCAGCUCACCAGAGUCCCGGUGGAGUCCUGCGGGCAGUAUCAGAGCUGCAGCGAGUGCCUUGGCUCGGGCGACCCCCACUGCGGCUGGUGUGUGCUCCACAACACGUGCACCCGGAAGGAGCGCUGUGAGCGGUCCAGGGAACCCCGCAGGUUUGCCUCUGAGAUGAAGCAGUGUGUCCGGCUGACUGUCCAUCCCAGCAACAUCUCCGUUUCCCAGUACAACGUCCUGCUGGUCCUGGAGACAUACAAUGUCCCGGAGCUGUCAGCUGGCGUCAACUGCACCUUUGAGGACCUGUCAGAGAUGGAUGGGCUGGUGGUAGGCAAUCAGAUCCAGUGCUACUCCCCGGCAGCCAGGGAGGUGCCCCAGAUCAUCACGGAGAACGGGGACCACCAUGUCGUCCAGCUGCAGCUCAAGUCAAAGGAGACAGGCAUGACCUUUGCCAGUACCAGCUUUGUCUUCUACAACUGCAGCGUCCACAAUUCGUGCCUGUCAUGCGUAGAGAGUCCAUACCGCUGCCACUGGUGUAAAUACCGGCACGUCUGCACCCAUGACCCCAAGACUUGCUCCUUCCAGGAAGGCCGAGUGAAGCUGCCUGAGGACUGCCCCCAGCUGCUGAGAGUGGACAAGAUCCUGGUGCCCGUGGAGGUGAUCAAGCCCAUCACUCUGAAGGCCAAGAACCUGCCCCAGCCACAGUCGGGGCAGCGUGGGUAUGAAUGCAUCCUCAACAUCCGGGGCAGUGAGCAGAGGGUGCCCGCCCUGCGCUUCAACAGCUCCAGCGUGCAGUGCCAGAACACCUCUUAUUCCUAUGAAGGGAUGGAGAUCAACAACCUGCCGGUGGAGUUGACGGUGGUGUGGAAUGGGCACUUCAACAUUGACAACCCAGCUCAGAAUAAAGUCCACCUGUAUAAGUGUGGCGCCAUGCGCGAGAGCUGUGGGCUGUGCCUGAAGGCGGACCCAGACUUCGAGUGUGGCUGGUGCCAGGGCCAGGCUCAGUGCACCCUUCGCCAGCACUGCCCCAUCCACGAGAGCCAGUGGCUGGAGCUGUCGGGCGCAAACAGCAAGUGCACAAACCCACGCAUCACGGAGAUAAUUCCAGUGACAGGCCCCCGGGAAGGGGGCACCAAGGUCACCAUCCGAGGGGAGAACCUGGGCCUGGAAUUCCGGGACAUCGCUUCCCAUGUCAAGGUGGCUGGUGUGGAGUGCAGCCCUUUGGUGGACGGCUACAUCCCUGCAGAACAGAUCGUGUGUGAGAUGGGGGAGGCCAAGCCCAGCCAGCACGCGGGCUUCGUGGAGAUCUGUGUGGCCGUGUGCCGGCCCGAGUUCAUGGCCCGGUCCUCGCAGCUCUAUUACUUCAUGACGCUGACUCUCUCAGAUCUGAAGCCCAGCCGGGGGCCCAUGUCUGGCGGCACCCAAGUGACCAUCACAGGCACCAACCUGAACGCGGGCAGCAACGUGGUGGUGACGUUCGGGAAGCAGCCCUGCCUCUUCCACAGGCGCUCUCCAUCCCACAUCGUCUGCAACACCACCUCCUCAGAGGACGUGCUGGAAAUGAAGGUGACUGUUCAGGUGGACAGAGCCAAGAUCCACCAGGACCUGUUCUUCCAGUACAUGGAGGACCCCACCAUCGUGCGGAUUGAGCCAGAGUGGAGCAUCGUCAGUGGAAACACACCCAUUGCCGUAUGGGGGACUCACCUGGACCUCAUACAGAACCCCCAGAUCCGUGCCAAGCAUGGAGGGAAAGAGCACAUCAAUCUCUGUGAGGUUCUCAACGCUACUGAGAUGACCUGCCAGGCUCCAGCCCUUGCUCUGGGGCCCGACCACCAAUCCGACCUGACCGAGAGGCCUGAGGAGUUUGGCUUCAUUCUGGACAAUGUACAGUCCCUGCUCAUUCUCAACAAGACCAACUUCACCUACUAUCCCAAUCCUGUGUUUGAGGCCUUUGGUCCCUCAGGAAUCCUGGAGCUCAAGCCCGGCACACCUAUCAUUCUAAAGGGCAAGAACCUGAUCCCACCUGUGGCUGGGGGCAACGUGAAGCUGAACUACACUGUGCUGGUAGGGGAGAAGCCGUGCACCGUGACAGUGUCAGAUGUGCAGCUGCUCUGCGAGUCCCCCAACCUCAUCGGCAGGCACAAAGUGAUGGCCCGAGUCGGUGGCAUGGAGUACUCCCCAGGGAUGGUCUACAUCGCCCCAGACAGCCCGCUCAGCCUGCCUGCCAUCGUCAGCAUCGCCGUGGCGGGUGGCCUCCUCCUCAUCUUCAUCGUGGCUGUUCUCAUCGCCUACAAACGCAAGUCCCGGGAGAGUGACCUCACGCUGAAGCGGCUGCAGAUGCAGAUGGACAACCUGGAGUCCCGAGUGGCCCUGGAGUGCAAAGAAGCUUUUGCCGAACUGCAGACAGACAUACAUGAGUUGACCAGUGACCUGGAUGGAGCUGGGAUUCCGUUCCUGGACUACAGGACCUACACCAUGCGGGUGCUGUUCCCGGGAAUUGAAGACCACCCUGUCCUCCGGGACCUCGAGGUUCCAGGCUACCGGCAGGAGCGUGUGGAGAAAGGCCUGAAGCUCUUUGCUCAGCUGAUCAACAACAAGGUGUUCCUGCUGUCCUUCAUCCGCACACUCGAGUCUCAGCGCAGCUUCUCCAUGCGCGACCGUGGCAACGUGGCCUCGCUCAUCAUGACGGUGCUGCAGAGCAAGCUGGAGUACGCCACCGACGUGCUGAAGCAGCUGCUGGCCGACCUCAUCGACAAGAACCUGGAGAGCAAGAACCACCCCAAGCUGCUGCUGAGGAGGACUGAGUCAGUGGCUGAGAAGAUGUUGACCAAUUGGUUCACUUUCCUACUCUACAAAUUCCUCAAGGAGUGUGCUGGGGAGCCCCUCUUCUCGCUGUUCUGUGCCAUCAAGCAGCAGAUGGAGAAGGGGCCCAUCGACGCCAUCACGGGGGAGGCCCGCUACUCUCUGAGUGAGGACAAGCUUAUCCGGCAGCAGAUCGACUACAAGACCCUGGUCCUGAGCUGUGUCAACCCAGAUAAUGCCAACAGCCCCGAGAUCCCAGUGAAGAUCCUCAACUGCGACACCAUUACUCAAGUCAAGGAGAAGAUUCUGGAUGCCAUCUUCAAGAAUGUUCCCUGCUCCCACCGCCCCAAGGCUGCAGAUAUGGACCUGGAGUGGCGACAAGGAAGCGGGGCCAGGAUGAUCCUGCAGGAUGAAGACAUCACCACCAAGAUUGAGAAUGACUGGAAGAGAUUGAACACCCUGGCCCAUUACCAGGUGCCAGAUGGUUCUGUGGUGGCUUUAGUGUCCAAGCAGGUGACAGCCUAUAACGCCGUGAACAACUCCACAGUCUCCAGGACCUCGGCGAGUAAAUACGAGAACAUGAUCCGGUACACGGGCAGCCCCGACAGCCUCCGCUCACGCACACCCAUGAUCACCCCCGACUUGGAGAGCGGAGUCAAGCUGUGGCACCUGGUGAAGAACCACGAGCAUGGGGACCAGAAAGAGGGUGACCGGGGCAGCAAGAUGGUGUCUGAGAUCUAUCUGACUCGACUGCUGGCCACUAAGGGCACGCUACAGAAGUUUGUGGACGAUCUCUUUGAGACCAUCUUCAGCACGGCGCACCGGGGCUCCGCCCUGCCCCUGGCCAUCAAGUACAUGUUUGACUUCCUGGACGAGCAGGCCGAUAAACACGGCAUUCACGACCCACACGUCCGCCACACCUGGAAGAGCAACUGCCUGCCACUGCGGUUUUGGGUGAACAUGAUCAAGAACCCCCAGUUUGUGUUUGACAUCCACAAGAACAGCAUCACGGACGCCUGCCUCUCCGUGGUGGCCCAGACCUUCAUGGACUCCUGCUCCACUUCGGAGCACCGGCUGGGCAAGGACUCACCCUCCAACAAGCUGCUUUACGCCAAGGACAUCCCCAGCUACAAGAACUGGGUAGAGAGGUAUUACUCGGAUAUCGGGAAGAUGCCGGCCAUCAGUGACCAGGACAUGAAUGCGUACCUGGCUGAGCAGUCCCGGAUGCACAUGAAUGAGUUCAACACCAUGAGCGCGCUCUCAGAGAUCUUCUCCUACGUGGGCAAGUACAGCGAGGAGAUCCUUGGACCUCUGGACCACGACGACCAGUGUGGGAAGCAGAAACUGGCCUACAAACUAGAACAAGUCAUAACCCUCAUGAGCUUAGACAGCUGAGAACCGUCCCUCCAGGGCCCCCUGGGGGGAGGGACACACCAAGCCGUGCCUCAGUCCGAUCAUCAUCUUUACCAAGUGCAAGUUCCGACUGGCAUCAGCAGCACCCCCUGAGCAGCGCUGUCUCUCUGCCUCUCAGUCUCUCCCUCCUUCCUGGAUCCCUUCUCUUUGUAGUUGCUCUGCCAACACGACUGAACCAAGCCACCAACCCUCAGUCCGUCUCGGACGGCCAGGCCCACAGCAAGCGACCUGACCGGAAGAUACCAGCAGGGGCUCUCUUCCCUGGUUGGCCCCGGGCGUCAGCAGCAGGACCCAAACAUGGAUGAGGAGCCUUGGGAGGGGACGUUGCUCGCGGCUAUUCACCCCCCGCUUCUGGAGAGCCCCCAUGUUGGUCUGAACUUGGCCUAGGGAAGAGGCAAUAAGCUCAGUAUUGUCUUCGCUGGGAAGGCGUCACCUUGCUCUCCCUGCCGCAUUUUCAUCUCCAGGGGCUCGGGCAGAGGUACGGUCCCUGUGCAACGGUGAGCAGAAGUGGCUGCGCCUCCUCCGUCCGGCAGGGGGCGUGGGCUGAGGAGCUGGGAGGUGCUUUGCAGGCCGCCUCCCACCUGCCGGGCUGGCCUCCUGAGGCCUCCUCAUCCCCAUCCACUCUUCUUGGAGGCCUUCCAAGUGCUUGUAAGCACCUGCUGCCCAGUUCCUCCACUGCCUGUAGAAAGCAGGAGAAGGAACAGCGGUCACAUCCCACGCGGAGACGCUCCUAACCUUCCAGUCUGGCUCAUAGUGGCAGAAUGUCACGUGAAGGGGAGAAAAGGAGAGAAAGUUGCAUCCACCCUGGAAGCAGAAUUUUUUUUUUUCCCUUUCAUUCCCCAAAUACAAAUGAAUCACGACCAUAGUCCUAGGUCUAGUUCAUUGUCAGCUCCUCCAGUGCUCUCUAGAGAAAGCACCUCCAUCCUCCCCAGCCAUCACUCAUCAAGGGUCAGUGUGAAGUGCAGAGUGCAUCCAGGAGAUUCUACCUCCAGCCGUCUCCGUGGCUCCAGCCCCGCCAUCCUUCCUGAGAACUCUGUAGAAGGCUGGGGCCCCCAGCCAAGCUCCUGGCCCCCUGCAGAACCUGGUGCCAUUGCUAUGCAGAUGACUGUGGUCACUGGACUGUCCAGACCGCCUUGAGAAUUAGUCAUCCGUAUCUCAGCUGAUUCUGCAGCCAUUCUCCUUCCUCAUCUCUCAGCAGUCAUCAAAAGAAACACACAUGAGCCCAGCCUUGCAGAGACAAACCAAGGUGCCAGCCGAACUCAGCCCCUGGCUUGGCACGUCUGGGGGCCGCUGAAGAGUGACGCUGAAGGACCUGGCCAGAAAUGGGAGGAGGGCCGUACAGCUGACCUCAGCCCUGGUAUCCGCCUCUCCAUUGGUCAUUCCAUCCAUGGAUGCGUUACGUUAGCCAGCCAGGCAAAUGCAUGCUCAGAUGGGGGUUCUAGGUGGGCAGGGGCUAUAGUGAGAGGCAGUCUAAGGGAGGGUCAUGGAAGCUUGUAAUCCUGAAGGGACCUCAGAUGCAAUCUGGCCCAGUCUCUCACCAGAAGGACACAUCUCUCCUGGCGGCCCUGGUGUCUGGUUGUACACCAACUC